CGGAUCGACAUCGCCGAAUUCAGGCUGUCGCUCUACGUCGAGGCCGCCAGCCAGGCGUACAAGUCGAGCCGGACAGGGAACCCGCGAUACCUCGCGCCCGAAUUGCAUCUGCGGCAGGACAACACGGAUGGCGCUGCCGGCAGGAUCGUCGCGAGGCUUGUCGCCGGGAGUGCGCGCUCCAGCCCUGCUGUGCGUGGACAACAUCUGAACAUCUCGAGCGUCGGCCUCUCCCCUGAGAUUGCUUCGCUGUUCCGCGGGCCCAUGUUCCGGAUAUCGCCUAGUGGUCGUCAGGACGAGGCGUCCGACCUGUUUUCGUUUGCGAUGCUCUGCAUUGAGGGAUGCUGCGGAAACAAAUAUCCUCAUGGAUGCAGAUUCGAUGUACCCCCAGGGAUAUCAUCCAGUACAGCGGAAGCGGCUUCCAGUCCCGAACUGGUCGUCCGACGCACCUCAUUACUCGCGUGCAAGUGCGCCUCGGCCGGUACGAUACUACUUCACAGACUUUGGUUUGUCUACGCACCUCGCGCCAGGCGCGCCGCGGCUGGUCACGGGCGGACUCGGCGCAAAACGCGACGUGCCCGAGCUAUCGGACACGAUACCUUACGACCCGUUCAAGUUGGACAUCUUCGUACUCGGGAACGUCUUCAAAAGCCAGAUCCACGACAAAUACUUCCGCGUCGAGGUUCUCGGGCCGCUGAUCGCGGCAAUGAUGCAGCGCAGCCCUGCCGCGCGUCCUACCGCACAGGAAGCUCUGCAACGCUGGCGACACAUCAGGACUCGUGUGUCCGUCAUCCAGCGCGCGAGCAGGCUGCGCGGGCGCGACGAGACUCUUGUGUACACUGUUCUGUUCGACAUCCUGUCUUUCAUCAAGGUCGUCUACGUCAUCGCCAAAAAGUUCACAGGUUGGUCGUUGAGCUGGCUCUCAAUGAUAUUCACGUAGUAUUA